AUGGCUAUCGAAACUGGUAACCGCAGCGCCACUGCAGUCAACCUGGACACUGUGAUUCAGAGCUUGCCCGCAUGCAAGCGCUGCCGAGAUUGUCGCCGUGGCUGCGACACACUGCUCCCGAAAUGCCGACAAUGCACCAAAGCCGGUGUUGAAUGCGUGUAUCAUGAUCCCGGCCGUGGCGCCCUCGUUCCUCGCAGUUACAUAUCUGAACUCGUUGAUCACGUGCGUAGACUUGAAGCACGGAGUAACCCAUCUCCGGCGUCUUCAGUAGACACACCACAAAGUGCAAGCUUCAAUGCAGCCACAAAAGCUGAGCCAGUCCUGCCUGGCAGUGGCCUCCAGUGUGAGCAUCACUUUGCGUACGCUGCGGACAGUUACCGAUACCUGGGUUCGGAGUCGUGUCUCUUGAAGUCACCGAGGUUGCAAUCUACUUAUGUUCGUUCUCCGUUCGACGAAGAAGACGACUUUGUUUUAGAGUGGAAGUCUUCACCGCAAAAACUACACGAGCUCGUCGAGGAGUACCUGGAGUGCAUACAACCAGUGUACCCUGUAAUCGAUAUGUCGCAACGAUACCUCACCCUAGAUGUUCCUACACAUCUUGCGCCUGUCGAAACUUUCUCCCUCAACAUGAUCUAUUCAAUCGCAUGUCAUAUAAUUCCCAAUACUGCCAAAAGACAAGACGCUCAAAACCUUUGGCAGUCGUCAGGUAAGCAGGCCCACUAUCAGGCCAACUGCCUCAAGUAUCGCAACCUUGCCGGCAAGUUCUACGACAAAGCCAUGGAGCAUGUCGAAGCAGCCACCCUCGAGCCUACUAUAGACACGCUUCGAGCAGUGUUGUUGAUGGCAAUCAACAGCCUGUUCGAUCCGAAAACCGGCAACAUUGGACAACAGAUAGCGCUUGCUGCGCGCAUCGCCUACAGCCUGGAGGCGACGGCAGAGCAAGAAGGUUCAUCAACGAACACUGAAGAGCUACUUCGAAACAUGCAUAUGACCAUCUUCAGCAUCGAGAAUGAGAUUGCGUCAACCCUAGAUCGACCUGCAACAUUCCCGGAACCAAACUGGGAGCUUUGUUUCGACAAGGCCAGGCCAGCUGAGUAUAUGUGUUCACUGUUUCGCUUACAGCAUCGAUUCCGUAACGGCGAUUCAAUUGCAAAGGCCAAUGUGAAGAAGAUGCUGCCACGUCUUGAUGAAAAGGCUGAGCUGCUCCCCGUUGUACGCAUCGCCUUGCAUACAACGGUGCUUCUCUUGGAUCCUAGCUGGGGUAGUGCAUGGUAUGUGCUUGAGGCUGUCGUGAGCCUGGGCGGCACGUAUACAUUUCUCACGCCGCACUGGGUCUAUCGAGCUGGUACAAUCAUCAUUCAAAACAUGCCAGAGAUCUAUGAAGGCAAUGUCAUCCAGCUCUAUUCCAACACAGUUCAUGUUCUUGAACUCUCGUCCUGGAAAUGGCCAAGCUCUGCCGCUCUAAAUGCGUCCCUGGCUGACCUCAUGACACACAUGAAAAGCAAGUAUAGGCCCAAUUGGGCAGACAAACUCCGACUAGGAGAUGUCAGUAUAUGA